AUGAAUAAAUUAACGGGUUACACAAUAAAAAUGGUUCACCAAGCUUAUGCUGAGAAAAUGUUGACACCUACCAGCUUCAUCGAUUUAAGUUUGCAGCGAACCAAACAGAGCAGAGACUUGAAUGCAUUCGUGUGUGUAACUGAAGAUACUGCUGAAACUCAUAGUAUUGAGAGUGAAAAGAGGUUUUACAUCUCAAAACAGCCGAAGGUAUUGGACGGCAUUCCUAUUGCUAUGAAGGACAACUUUUGUACCAGCAACAUACCUACAACAUGUGCCUCGGAGAUGCUGAAGAACUUCGUGCCGAGUUAUGAUGCGACAGUGUACUCCAGACUUAGACGUGCGGGCGCUUGUUUGAUAGGCAAAUGUAACCUCGACGAGUUCGCGAUGGGCUCAGGAACAGUAGAUUCUAUAUUUGGACCUACUCGUAACCCUUGGCAGUAUGAUAAGAAGAAGUGGAGGAUCUCAGGUGGCAGUUCUGGGGGCAGCGCUGUUGCGGUAGCAUCUGGGUCUUGUUUAGCUGCAAUCGGCUCAGAUACCGGUGGAUCCACAAGAAAUCCAGCGGCAUUGUGUGGUGUUGUGGGCCUAAAACCUACUUAUGGACUGGUGUCCAGACAUGGCUUAAUACCAUUAGUAAACUCAAUGGAUGUGCCAGGUAUAUUGGCACGCACUGUGGAAGAUGUCGCUACAAUUUUGAAUGUAGUAGCUGGACCUGAUAUAAAUGAUUCUACUACUAUUAAAAAGCCAUUUGAGCCAAUAACAUUGAAAGAUAUUGACUUAUCACAAGUAAGGAUAGGGAUACCUAAAGAAUAUCACUGUGAAGGUAUGAGCAGAGAGGUGAUAGAUAUAUGGGGUCUUGUGGCAGAUUUACUGGAACAUCAAAAAGCACAGUUAGAAGUAGUUUCGUUGCCGUACACUUCAGCCUCAAUAGCCGUUUACUCCAUCUUGAACCAGUGUGAAGUUGCCAGUAACAUGUCUAGGUAUGAUGGGAUAGAAUAUGGCCUUAGAGCUAAUGUGAACAGUUCUACAGAGGAGCUCUAUGCAUUAACCAGGCAUCAAGGCUUCAACAAAGUAGUCCGAUCAAGAAUCCUGGCUGGCAACUACUUCUUACUGACAAGGAACUAUGUAAAAUAUUUCAUAAAGACUCUCAAACUAAGGAGGUUGAUAAUGGAUGACUUUAAAAAAGUUUUUAGUCCAGAUGGUGGGGUGGAUUUGUUGUUGACACCUACUACUUUGUCUGAUGCACCUUUGUACCAUGAAUUUGUUGCGAAACACAAUAGGGAUCAGUGUGCAUUCCAGGACUAUUGUACACAGCCAGCUAACAUGGCCGGUAUACCUGCUAUUUCUAUACCAAUAACACUCUCAAAGAACAAUCUACCUUUGUCACUGCAACUUAUGGGCCCACCAUUAUCAGAAGAAUUAAUGCUCAAUGUAGCAAAGAAAAUUGAAAGCCUCGUCAAAUUUCCCAUAUUAAAAUAA